CCUCAGUGUUACCUUCUUUUACUGUCAGUCCUUGCACUCAAUACUUCUGCUACUACCAUUUCAUUCCCAAAUCUCAUAAUGCAAAUAGUGCUUAUGUUUGCAGUGAAGGAAGACACUCUGAUUGAUAUGGUUCAGCUGAUGACUGAUGAUGUGGGGUUGGUCCAUCAGCUGCCUUUCACCUGUGAUAGAGAAGGCUUUGCUGCUACCGUUGAAAAGAUUUACUUCGGUACCCUGGUGGCUCGCAUUUACCUGGUGGCGGAUUCUCCUGCGCAUCAACUGCCACACUGGAAUGUCAGCUCUGAUGCGAAAAUCUCUCAUCAAUGAUGUGGGUGGCAUCCAAGCGUUCAGCUGCUACCUCGCAGAAGAUUUCUUCUUCGCCAAGUCCUUUUCGGAAAGAGGCUGGAGAAUUAGAGUUGCCAGCCACCCGGCUUUCCAGAACUGUGGUUUCUGUGAAAUCAACAGUUUCCAGGCCCGAUUACAAAGGUAUACUUUAUAAAUAUACUUUCAUUAUUCAUAUAAUGAACCCGUUUAGGAACAUUAUCGUGUACUGUUCCGUACCAACCUAUCUUCGUAUCACUUCAACAAUUAGAUAAGAGAUUUUACAAGAGAAAGGGGACAGUUGGGUGUCUAGUACGGUGCACAAAAUACCAGCGUCUCUUCGGUCCGGUUCCUUCCCUGUGACACAAAGUUGCCACCCAAAUCGUGGUGGUCGCACAAAACACUCAUGAGUGUGUCAUAGCAGCUGCAGCUGUAUUUGAGUGUGAUUCACUAUCACUUGUGCGGGUGUGACGUGUGUUUGUGCUCGUAACUUAUGUGCAGUGACAACGCCAGAGUACGUUUUCUCCUGUCCGAACUUCAAGCUUUUGUCGGGUAUGUUAAUAUUUUUAGUGGCAGUUCACUGUCUCACAUUGUAGGUUUUAAGUACUUU